ACAUUAAACGGAGUAGACCAAAAUCCCAAACAAGGAAAUGGUGGGGGAAUAAAACGAUAAGAUUAUUUAAUUAAUGCAUGUAAUAAUUAAUAUUUUAUAUUAUUGUAAUUUAAGAAAUAUUUAUGGGUUAAAAUGGAUUACGACUUCAAAACAAAGCUCGCGGCCGAACGAGAGAAGGUAGAAGAUCUGUUCGAAUAUGAAGGUUGCAAAGUGGGUCGAGGCACAUACGGGCACGUUUAUAAAGCUAAGCGCAAAGACGGGAAAGAUGAGAAGGAGUAUGCACUGAAGCAAAUUGAAGGGACUGGAAUAUCGAUGUCUGCUUGCAGGGAAAUUGCUCUGCUACGAGAGCUGAAACACCCCAACGUGAUCGCCCUGCAGAAAGUGUUCCUGUCCCACAGUGACAGAAAGGUCUGGCUCCUUUUCGACUAUGCCGAGCAUGAUCUCUGGCACAUCAUCAAGUUCCACCGAGCCUCCAAGGCCAAUAAGAAGCCCAUGCAGCUGCCGAGAGGGAUGGUCAAGUCUCUCCUAUAUCAGAUUCUGGACGGGAUCCAUUACCUUCAUGCCAACUGGGUGCUUCACAGGGAUCUGAAACCAGCCAACAUUCUGGUAAUGGGGGAGGGCCCAGAACGAGGACGGGUGAAAAUUGCUGACAUGGGCUUCGCCAGACUCUUCAACUCUCCUCUCAAACCACUGGCGGACCUUGACCCCGUCGUGGUGACGUUCUGGUAUAGGGCCCCUGAGCUGCUGCUAGGGGCCCGACAUUACACCAAAGCAAUCGACAUUUGGGCGAUUGGCUGCAUCUUUGCGGAGCUGCUGACGUCCGAGCCCAUCUUCCACUGUCGCCAGGAGGACAUUAAGACCAGUAACCCCUUCCACCAUGACCAGCUGGACAGGAUAUUCAGUGUCAUGGGCUUCCCAGCAGAUAAAGAUUGGGAGGACAUCAGGAAGAUGCCCGAGUAUCCCACCCUUCAGAAAGACUUCAGGAGAACGACGUAUGCAAAUAGUAGCCUCAUCAAAUACAUGGAGAAGCAUAAAGUCAAACCUGACAGCAAGGUUUUCCUGUUGCUCCAGAAACUCCUCACAAUGGACCCCACCAAAAGGAUUACUUCUGAACAGGCACUGCAGGACCCCUAUUUCCUGGAGGACCCCUUACCAACCUCGGAUGUAUUUGCCGGAUGUCAGAUACCUUACCCGAAACGAGAGUUUCUGAACGAAGAUGAGCCGGAAGAGAAAACAGAGAAGAACCAGGCCCAACAGCACCAGCAGACGACAGCCCAGGCCCAGGCCCAGCAGCAGAGCGGCACCCAGCAAGCCUCCACCCAACAGAACUCUGCCCAGACCAACGGUAACACAGGUGCUACGGGAGCCAACAAAGGUGGAGGCCUCCAGCACGGCCAGGACCAGGGGCCCCCAAACAAGAAACCUCGGAUCGGGCCCUCUGGGGCGUCCUCCGGCACUGGGAUCCACCAGUCCGAGUACCAGCACUCCAGCUCCCGCCUUGGAUACCAAAGCAACGUCCAAGGUUCCACUCAGUCCCAGGGAUACUCGUCGUCAUCCCAGCAGAGCUCACAGUACUCCCACCAAUCACACCGCUACUGAGGCUCUGAGAACUGCUCUCCAAAUCAACAGCAGGGGCCUCUCCCAAACUUAACCCUCGACCUCAAACCUUAGCAUAACCUCUUAUCUACCCUCAUCCUGAUCAGAUCUCAUCAUGUGUCAGAUCAUUUCAACAACGUAACAGUCAUUUCUCUCCUCCUUCAUGCCAGCCUUACUACACAGAGUGACCCUGGCCUCACUUCCACCCAAUGCCCUCACACUUACCGGAGGGCACUGCAAUAUGAAGGCAAACUCAACAUAGGAACCAAAAACAAACCCUGCCACCUAAGGGCAUCGGACAAGAUUUUAUAUUAUUAUUAUUAAGUGACAAAAUCUGUUGAUACUAGAUAAGAAGGAAAACACAUCAGGUGCAACUGACUACACACGCCUACUACACAAAGACUACGAAUCACAGCACUUACAAAAAACAUGUUCUUCAAGAGGAAGAAUUGCAGCUCUGUUCAUAUAGGUGUUGCCUAUAUAUAUAUAGCACCCUUUUCUAUUAAUUUAACAAGACACUUUUUUUUUUGCUUGUUUGCGAAGUGGAGUUUAAGUUUACUUUGAUCGUUGACGUUUUUGUCAAUGUUGUUGGAUAUUGACAAAGGAAAAUAGCCCUUUACUAUCAUCACUUUCCUUCGCGGUACAUUUAUUUACCCUGGAUAUCUAUGAUAUACAGAUAACAAUCAAAGCAAAAUAAAUCAAAUGAGCCAACACUUUCCUGUUGAGAAAACAAGACAGAAUCUCCUAUUCUCCGGUUGGCUUGGAAAUCACAUUUGUAUAAGAGAAAGUCUUAAAACUAUGAAAUACACCAUUUAUUUUAAUCUUGUUAUAUUAAUAUUUAGGGUUUUCUACUUUUAGGCAUUUUGUUUGUCUAGAUUUGUAGUCUAAAAGUCUGCAUUGGAAGGAAAUGUUUCUGCAGCAAGUUAUGUAAUCUUUCAUUCUCUCCAACAACUCUAGGUACCGCCUGUCGUCAGACAGGUUACAACUACCAAGCUACUCUUUACCAUCGGUCGUGUCCACCAAGGAAACAUUUGUUGGUGAAUCUGAACGAUCUCAUUUCAAGCCGGAAGUGUUUAAGUGUGUGAGGUACCUCUUUGUGGACACCUUUGCUUGACGGAUCUUACCACGGACACAGACGUCACCGAAGGUCACCGAAGGUGUGCGUCGUCAUCAUACUGGGAAGCCAAAAGUGUUCAAAGGAUUGCACUGCUGAACGGAUCUGCAAAGAGCUGGAACAAAUUUGGGGUGAAUUAUUAUGCCCCGUCCUCUUCAACUCCACACCGCUGGUUGCCGCACUGAGUAUAAACCAAGGCAGAGAAGUGGUUUCUUAUAGUAUUUAUCCUUUGAAAACGAGUUGACUGGAACUGUACUGUUUGUGUGUGCCCAAACAGACGGACAUGGAAUAAGGCAGCCACUUUAGCUUGUUCUGUGACUGCUGAAGGGGUGUAGAAACACUGACAUGUACUGGCCAUUGAGAGAACUGGACCUCUUUUGCAGCAAUGGUGAAAAUGUGUGAAUUUCUUUUAGCGACUAUUAUAACGACCUUUUGGGAUGUUCGAAAAUCAUCAGCCAUGUUCAACUGGUAUAUAUUGAUGAUGAUCAACACUGUCCUUUUGUUGCCAAAGGAGAGCGAGACGUAUUCUGUUUUCUAUCGUACAAAUAUUCACAGCCACAGUACAAGGUACUACCAUGUAUUUUCCCAACCGAUAGACUGCUCUCUGUGAAGCUGUUUGCUUCUGACAGUGAUACUGCACAGAUCGUCAGUGAUGCAUUGGUCUAUUAUCUCCGGCUCAGUCAAACAGGUUUCGAGAGCCCGUCGUAUUGAUAGUUCUGCUGUUGACCGCCGUCUGGAUGUCUCUCUCCUUCUCUCUCUCUCUCCUCACACAUAUCUGAUGUGUUUCUCAGCACUUCCAGCUCACUGGAUCACAGUUCCAGUAUAUCUUAUGUGUGUUGAGGUGAACGCCAGAAGACCAGAUGAGCGAAAAGGACUGCUCCUUGUUCAACAUGAGUUCCUAACAGUCGCCCAGAAUGUUUUUGCAUGUCUGAUUGACUGUUUCUUUGGUGUUGAUACAAUGUCAACGUAUUGGUUCGGUUUUGAGGUUCUCUUUUCUAUUUCCCCGAUGGUCUGGUAGGCACACAGGCCCGGUGGAUUAAACAACCCGCCUUCCCAGAACAGUGGUGUUUUCCUCGGGAACAAAACCAGCAGCUAUUCAAAAAGGUUUUUCUCUCCCUAUGGCAUGUAUUUGAAGUAUAGUUGAAGAGCAUUAAGAAUAAAUGAGACGGUUUCUCAAUUUUCAUCUCCACACAAACGAGGUAUCAAAAGUAUUAUUCAACAAUAACUCUCAAAACAGUUCCUAUGCAAAAUCAAAGAGAAAAGAUUUCACUUGCACCAUGCUUCAGUUUUACUAUGAAAGCAUGCAGUUCAGUUAUCUUGUGGUUUUGAAAAUGAUUGGGAUAUCCAUUCCUUAUUGUAAAUCUAAUGUUGAAUAUUGUAAUUGAAGAAGGCAUUCACUUGUUUCUUACAGCACUGUAAAUUGUACUCUAAAUGAAAUAUUGUUAAGAAAGAAAAGAAUGCAUAUAUAUAUAGUAUACAUUAUACAAUCAUAUGUAUUGUUUCCAUAUACAGUGCCUUCAGAAAGUAUUCAUACCCCUUGACUUAUUCCACAUUUUGUUGUUACAACCUGAAUUCAAAAUGGCUGAAAUAUAUAUAUUUUUCUUCUCGCUCAUCUACACACAAUAACACAUGUAUUUAUUUGAUUUUUAUUUCAUCUUUAUUUAACUAGACAAGUCAGUUAAGAACAAAUUAUUAUUUACAAUGACUGCUAAGCCCUAACCCGGACGACGCGGGCUAACUGUGCACUGCCCUAUGGGACUCCCAAUCACGGCCGGUUGUGAUACAGCCUGGAAUCGAACCAGUGUCUGUGGUGAUGCCUCUAGCACUGAGAUGCAAUGUUUUUAGAAAUGUUAGCAAAUUUAUUGAAAAUGAAAUACAAAAAUAUAUAAUUUACAUAAGUUCACACCCCUGAGCCAAUACUUUGUCGAAGCACCUUUGGCAGCGAUUACAGCUGUGAGUCUAUCUGGGUAUGUCUCUAAGAGCUUUACACAUCUGGAUUGUACAAUAUUUACCCAUUAUUAUUUUCUAAAUUCUUCAAGCUAUGCCAAAUUGGUUAUUGAUCAUUGCUAGACAACCAUUUUCAGGUCAUUCCAUUUUUUAUUUUUUUUGUAGAUUUAAGUCAAAACUAACUCGGCCCCUCAGGAACAUUCACUGUCUUCUUGGUAAGGAACUCCAGUGUAGAUUAAGCCUUGUGUUUUAGGUUCUGUUUAUUUUUUAUAUCCUGAAAAACUCCCCAGUCCUUAACGAUUACAAUCAUACCCAUAACAUGAUGCAGCCACCACUAUGCUAAUGAGAGUGGUAUUCAGUAAUGUGUUGUAUUGGAUUUGCACCAAACAUAACACUUUGUGUUCAGGACAAGAAGUUAAUUGGUUUGCAAUUUUUUUUUGCUGUUUUAUUACUUUAGUGCCUUGUUGCAAACAGGAUGCAUAUUUUGGGAUAGGUUUGAUUCUGUUCAAGCUUCCCUCUUUUCACUGUUAAUUAGGUUAUUAUUGUGGAGUAACUACGAUGUUAUUGGUCAAUCCUCAGUUUUCUCCUAUCACGUCCAUUAAACUCUAAUUGUUUUAAAGUCACCUCUGGCCUCAUGGUGAAAUCCCUGAGCGGUUUCCUUGAGUUAGGAAGGACACCUUUAUCUUUUUAGUGACUGGGCGUAUUGAUACACCAUCCAAAGUGUAAAUUAUAACUUCACCAUGUUCAAAGGGAUAAUCAGUGUCUGUUUUCUUGUUUUGUUUUUUCAUAUACCAAUAGGUGACCUUCUUUGCGAACCAAUAGGUGUCCUUCUUUGCGAGGCAUUGGAAAAGCUUUCUGGUCUUUGUGGUUGAAUCUGUGUUUGAAAUUCACUGCUUGACUGAGGGACCUUACAAUUAUCUGUAUGUGUGGGGUACAGAGAUGAGGUAGUCAUUCAAAACUCAUGUUGAACACUAUUAUUGCACACAGAGUGAGUCCAUGCAACUUAUUAUGUGACAUGUUUAGCAAUAUUUUACUCAAAUUAUUUUGGGUUUACCAUAACAAAUGGGUUGAAUACUUAUUGACUCAAGACAUUUUAGCUUUUUAUUUGUAAUUAAUUUGUAAAUAUUUCAAAAAACAUAAUUCCACUUUGGCAUUAUGGGGUAAUGUGUCUAGGCCAGUGACAACAAAAUCUAAAUGGAAACCAUUUAAAUUCAGCCUGUAACACUGUAAAAUGUGGAAAAAGUCCAGGUGUGUGAAUACUUUCUGAAGGCACUGUGUAUAUACAGUAUAUAUGAAUAAUACCCAUGUUUUAGAGCUUUCCGCUUCUUGCCUUAAUGACGCAUACACUAAGCUAGAUAUAGACGGGCACCUCUGUCCAACAGAGCCUGAAUUACUCCAAUAACCAAUCUACCAUAAACCUGCUUGUCAACUUGAUAGCUCCUAGUUUUUUUCAAAGGAAAUUAUUCUCUAUAAAAACAUAUGAAAUAAUGAAUCUAGUUGGAUACUGUUGUGAUGCAACAUUCAGUCUAUAGAGUCCAGGGACUUUCUCUCACAUCAGCACAAACUCCUCAGUUUGACAGGGUUGAAACAAGGCAUUUUUUAACGUGUGGACAGUGCCUUUUUAGUGUUUAUGUUUAAAAUUGCCAACACAUGAUGGGAUGUUCAGGAUUGUGUUUAUUUCUCCUUGUCCUAUACUUUCUGAUCUGUUAAUACCUUUGAGUUACAUUGGAGUUUGUUUCUGUAUUUGUUGUGCUGUUGUCAUCUAAAAAUGUAGGAUCUGUUAUUUUCAAAAUGACCUCAAGCGGUUAAAUAUCAAAUUUGAGUUCAAUAUGUCCCAUCUCUAAUUUAAUGACUGCAAAAAGUACAGCGUAGGAUGAUUUUACAUUUUCUAUUCUAAUUAAUAUUGUCCUAAAAUGCUGUACAUAAACACAUGUUAAUAAUUUCUCAUUGAAACAUUGAUAUGAUCAUUUUCUUUGAAUGCACUGUUAUUAGCUGAAGUAUUUAGUGGUAAAUAAAAAGUAUUUCAUGUUUUGUUUAGACACUAAAGAUAUGGAGGUUGUAUAAAAGCUUUAUGCCAGACAAAGCUUUUUUAGGACUUCUUGCCUGUUGUGUGGACAUCCUAAAGAUACACACUAGUAAUGAAUACACAUAUGAAUGAUAGUGCACCUCUAGGUCUGUACCUCUUCACGUUCUCCUUUUACUAGUGUUGCAUGUACCUCCCUUUUCCAAUCCAGAAUUUAAGCACUUAUCCUCCCCCCCUCUCAACAGUCUGUACAGAAAGACAGACACUCCCAUUUGCAAAGUGCUCCUGUGAUACUUCAAAAUGGCUUCUGAGAAGCGGUUUAGGUCUCUUGUGCAUGUGGCGUGGUGCUCUCUGUCCUCCAAUAUGAAACCAAUUUACCCAUUUAACCAGAGCAUGCAAUUUCAAGUCUCACAGAAAGACAAAAAGCAACAUAAUUGUUUGUGCAUGUUUACGUCAAGGAGCCCUCCUCAUCUCUAAGGGGUACAUCCCAAAUGGCACCUUAUUUACUACAUAGUGCACCACUUUGGGAUGCAGUGCACUACAUUGGGAUGCAACCUAAGUUGUAUUAAGACAUGAAGUGCUCCACCAUGUUGUGGUCCACAUUCUCUUUUGGCUCCAUGGCAUGUAAGGCAAUAGCACAGUGCAGGAAAUAAAAAAUAACACAUUUAUUCAGAUGGUUUUAGCUACGUUGCCCUAAUUUCACUGUACAAAUGACUGUUAAAUGAGAAAAAAGUCACGUAUAUUUAUUUUAAACCGAGUGUACAAAACAUGAAGGACACCUGCUCUUUCCAUGACGUCGACUGACCAGGUGAAUCCAGGUGAAAGCUAUGAUCCCUUAUUGAUGUGACUUGUUAAAUCCACUGCAAUCACUUUAAAAAGCUGCUGGGUUUUUCACGGUCAACAGUUCCCCAUAUGUAUCAAGAAUGGUCCACCACCCAAAGGACAUCCAGCCAACUUGACACAACUGUGGGAAGCAUUGGAGUCAACAUGGGCCAGCAUCCCUGUGGAACGCUUUUGACACCUUGUAGAGUCCAUGCCCCGAAGAAUUGAGGCUGUUCUGAGACAAAGGGGGGAGGCAACUCAAUAUUAUGAAGGUGAUCUUAAUGUUUUAUACUCAGUGAAUAUCCUCUAUUAUAAUAAAAUCUAUUUUGCUUCAGA